GAUCUCCUUGAUGAGGCUCAGAAACUCCUAUACUGCGAUGUGAUGCUGGAGAACUUUGCACUUAUGGCCUCUGUAGGUUAUUGGCAUGGAGUGGAAGAUGAGGAGGUACCUUCUGAGCAGAGUGUUUCUGUAGAAGGAAUGUCACAGGUGUCAAUGACCUUCAGGUACUUGGCCAUGACCUUCACUUGGGAGGAGUGGGGGCAAUUGGAUCUGGCACAGAAGACCCUGUAUCAGGAGGUAAUGUUGGAGACCUGCAGUCUUCUGGUCUUACUGGAGUAUCCUAUUCCAAAACCAGAACUGAUCCACCUGCUGGAGAAUGAGCAAAAUCUAUGCAUGCUGAAGAGAGGCCUCUCCUAAAGUUCCUGUCCAGAUGCACCUCUCCUGGGAUCCUCAUUUCUUCUAUCAUCGCAGAUCUUUCACCUGGGAUCA